UGCGAGCGGAUGGAACCUUGGGGAACUCCCGGGCCGAACGUGGCGGGCGAGCGGCCGGCAGGGAGGGGGCAGAAGGAAGGUUGGGGACCCCCCCCCUCUCCCCUCCCGAUGGAACGUUGCAGCUAUCUCGAGGGAGGGGACAGAACGUUGCGACGGUCCAGGGCUCGGGGCGGGCUGGAACGUGGCCAGCCCAGCUCGAGAUCGGGAGCGGAUGGAACGUUGCUGGGGAGCCCCGGAUCGAACGUUGCCGCCGGCCGGGGUGGAUGGGUGGGGCGGUGGAUGAAAGGCAAUGGAGGGAACCCAGCUGCUCCUGCCUCAGUCAUCACCUCCAAGCCCAAAGGAGGAAGAGUAGGGGGCGGCCAGCAAGAAUUCCUGCUCCCCCCACCGCCCAUCUUCAACCAGACAGCCCUGCCAACCCACAACCCAGGGCUCAUCUACAGCCUGACGGAUGCCACAGUGUCCUCGUCCUCGGUGCUGGUCCAGACCCUGCCGGGGUCCUUCCCAGACAUCUAUGAUGGAGACACCAAGAAGUGGGAGGAGCAUUUCCACAGCAUCCAGAGGGCCUACAAGGAAUUUGGCAAGGAUGAUGACUUCGCCAUCCGGGUGCUGACCGAAGACUUCACCCUGCCAUUCCCAUUCACCUGGCCGGAUGAAGGAGAGGCAUCCCUGCAGCCAUCCGAUGACCCCACCGACUGCUCCAGCUUUGACUUCUUCCUGCACCCAGGCAAACCUGUGCCUCGCAUCCUGCAGCCGCUCCACGCCACCACCCAGGCCUUCUUCAAGAAGAGACGUUUGGAGCAGCUGGCACUCAGCUAUGCCAGCCAGGCUUCCCAGGGGCCACCCGCACAAGCAGCCACUCCCCCGAUGCGGACAGACGUUGUGAUGAUCACCAGCCUGCCACAUGUGAGCACCUCCACCAUUCCUGGAGACCCCACCUUCCUCCUAAAGGAUGGCGAAGGCCUGAGGAACAUCCAGCCUGCCCCUGUGGCAGUCUCCAAUCCUGCCCCACCACGGCUAGGAAAUCCUGGGUUCCUUACCCCAACCAUAUCCCGUUUAAACCUUCAGUAACGUUCCAAAUGUGUAUGAACCCAAACGCGGCCCAUCGGAAAUACUCCAGAUGUUUAUGAAUCCUCGACACACCCUAUGUGAACACUCAAUAAUGCUCCAGAUGUUUAUGAACUCCAGCACUGCCUGUCUUAAUGCUGCAGAUGUUUAUUGAUCCCAGUAUUGCCCAACCUAAUAUUCCAGGUGUUUAUGACACAUCCACACAUCCCCUGUGAACACUCAGUAAUGUUCCCGGAGUUUAUGAACUCCAGCACUGCCCGUCUUAAUGCUCCAGAUGUUUAUGAACUCCAGCGCUGACCAUAACACACACUGAUGCUCCAGAUGUUUUUGAAGCCCAGGGCUGCUCACCUGGUCACUCGGGGUAUGUCUACAUUGCAAAAAAACAACCCCACGGCAGCGAGUCGCAGAGCCAGGGUCAACUGGUUUGGGUUCAUGGGGCUCCUGCUGUUGGGCUAAAAACAGCAGUGUAGACGUUCGCACCCAGGACGGAGCCCGGGCUCUGAGACCCUCUCCCCUUGCUGGGUUUCCAGCCUGGCAUGGAACGUCUACACGGCUAUUUUCAGCCUUGUAGCGUUGAGCUCCGCAAGCCCGAGCCAGUUGACACAAGCUCUGAGAGUCGCUGCUGCAACAUAGACAUGCCCUCAGUGAUGAUCCAGAUGUUUGUUGUCUAGCUGGGAUCUGUACGUUACAGCCUGGGUGGAAAGUUUAAUAAAAAUCCGUCUAUCUGCUGAAGAGGGACCCUACCAGCCGACCCUGUCCGUGGAGAGAGCAUCCCGGGGCGAAGGUUAGUAAAAUGGAAUCAACUUGGACUCAUCUUUGGUCUUAGAAGCUGUUUCUGUCACGACCGAAUGGGCUCAGCGGACAGAACCCUAGAUCCUCUUCCACACCACAGCCAGGUCUCUCGCCAGGGGACGUCAGAGACGAGGUGUGGGAGGCUCAGUCCCGUUACCAGCAGGACAGGUGUCAACACAACUCAGCUGCCCUUUUCACGGGCACCUUCAGCAGCCUGGUCAGGGAUUAAAAUAGGCCCAGGCAGGAGCAGCGCCAGGGUUUUUGCCGCCCUAGGUGGCAGCUCCUCCUCUGAGCAUUCGGCGGUGGGGUUCCUUCCACUCCGCGUCUUUGGGGCACUUCCGCGGGGGGUCCCAGAGCGAGUGAAGGAUCCGCUGCCGAAUUUCCACCGAAGACCCGGAGCAGAAGGACCCCCCGCUGCCGAAUUUCCACCGAGGGUGGCAAAAUGCCGCCCCCCAAAUCCUGCCGCCCUAGGCAACCGCCUAGGGUCACCUAGUGGAAGCGCCGGCCCUGGGCUCAGGAGACUGAAGCUGCAGCAUCCAGACGACGGCUGGUCAAAAACUUACCAUCAAAAACGGUAUGUCCCAAAUCCGAAAUAUUUCCAUUCUCAAAUGCCACCAGGGAGCCUCAUGGGAGCUGUAGUUGGGUGAUUCGUGCUUUUGGGCUAGGCCCUGGUCAGACUCCCAUGAUCCACCAUGGACAGACAACCGCCAUGAUGCACGGCCUCCCCUUGCUAAGCGAGGAGCUGGCAGUCCAUCGUGGGAGAUGUCCAGACGGGGAGCCUGGUCCACUCAGCAGAGCAUGAGGGACCAUUUCAGAACGAAAAUACUGCAUGGGGGGGCCAAAACUCCAAAUUUAACCCCAUUUUCCAGCUCUAAUCCAGACCUCUUCCUACUCCCCAACUGGCAGGUCCAGCUCCUUUCAUAGAAUCAUAGAAUCAUAGAAUCUCAGGGCUGGAAGGGACCUCAGGGGGUAUCUAGUCCAAUCCCCUGCUCAAAGCAGGACCAAUCCCCAACUAAAUCAUCCCAGCCAGGGCUUAGUCAAGCCAGGCCUUAAAAACCUCUAAGGAAGGAGAUUGCACCACCUCCCUAGGGAACCUUUUCGGCCCCCUGCAAAUCCAUAUCAUGGGUGUGUGUAUGGGGAGCUUAGCUCUGAGUCAUGGGGGGCGUGAGGAUGAAUGUGCCACAUGAUUCCUAAAUUCUGCCCCCCCAGCACUGCCGAACUCCACUGUGACACUUCCCAGGGGUACCCAGGGCUGGGAGGCACCCUGCUACCCUCUGCUCUUACCUUGAGAGAGCUGCCUGGGCUAGCCAGGGGCCAGCUCCCCACCUCCACCAGCCACAGGCGACACAAGCAGUCAAACCUCAGCCUGGGCCGAUCCCGCGGUCCCUCUACAGGUUAGCGAUAGGGGCACUCCAGCUCCCAAGCCUGCCAAGCAACUUCUGUCUGGAGCCCCUGGGCACUGGACACUCGCUGUGUUUUCUCCCAAGGAACAGCACCGCCCGGUGUGCUGGUUACACCUCAGAUCCCCGCUCGACUGAAACAGCCCGGAGAGCUGCUCAGGGAGAAGGCAAGCAAACGUGUCUUGAACAAAGAGGAGAUUUCAAAUAAUAGCCACUAGGAGUAACUGGAAACCAAAAGUUACAUGUACAAUAAAAUCACAGCCCAUAUCCUAGGGCCUAGGCAAUUAACCAAAGACUGAGGGUUGCUCCCCCAAAGAUCCUUUCCGGCCUGCUUGGCUGUGACCUUCUGUUCCUAGGCAAACACACAACUUGCUUCCUAGGAGGAGGAUCCGGCCUGUCUCUUUGCAACCACAGAGAUUUCAAAAGAGUCCUUUGAUCUUUGUUCCUAAACCGUGUGCUCCUUCUUGUCGAUUUCACAGUCGCUUGUCUAUUUCACAACCUUGAUUAGCUGGUGGCUGGAUAUGAAAAUAAACUUACACGCUGA